GGUGUGUGCGCAGCAUACCGCCUCAAUCCUCGUGCGAUUGCUCGGCAAUCCCUUCAACCGCAGGUGGAACUGCAAUUCCGGAGUGGGUGUACUUUUGAGCUCCAACAAAGAAAAACUUGAAGGCGGUAUCACGUUAUCGCUGCCGAGAGGUGUGAGUGAAAUUCAGUGAAUGUCCGACCGCCUCCACGUGGGCUCCCCCACAGUCCAGUCGCUCUUGGGUUUCACUUUUCUACUCCUUAUCUCUCCUCCUCCCUCUUGCUUUCUCUUUCUGUCCCACCGUAUUUCUCUCCUUUACCUUUCCCUUCAAAUAAAUUCCCCUAGAUCUACAGUCCCCUACCCCCGUGUCAACCGCUCCCAUCAUCCUUGUUAGAGGUUGACCUCUACUGGGACAUCAUGGCGAGCAACUCGACCACCAAGGUCAAAUCCCAGGCCGGGAUCCUGGAGGGCAGCAAUCCCAGCGUCUAUGACUCGUCCAACCCGAUCAUCCUCUUCAUUAUCCAAGCGAGCAUCAUCAUCGUGCUCUGCCGUCUACUCCAUUGGCCGUUGUCCAAGAUCCGCCAGCCGCGCGUCAUCGCGGAAGUCAUCGCGGGCGUGAUCCUGGGCCCAUCGGUGAUGGGUCGCAUCCCGGGCUUCACGGAAGCAAUCUUCCCCACAGCCUCGAUCCCGGGACUAAACCUCGUCGCCAACCUCGGGCUGAUCCUCUUCCUAUUCCUAGUGGGCCUCGAAACCAACCUGCGGUUUCUGAUCAGCAACUGGCGCGUGGCGAUCAGCGUGUCAGCGGCAGGGAUGGUGCUGCCGUUCGGGCUGGGGUGCGCGAUCGCGUACGGGCUGUACAAUGCGUUCCGCAACGAGCCGGACACGGUGGACAUCAACUUCGGCACGUACCUACUGUUCAUCGGCAUCGCGAUGGCGAUCACGGCGUUCCCCGUGCUGUGCCGGAUCCUGACGGAGCUCAAACUGCUGGGUACCAAUGUCGGGGUGAUCGUGCUGUCGGCGGGCGUGGGCAACGACGUGGUGGGCUGGAUCCUGCUGGCGCUGUGCGUGGCGCUGGUCAACGCGGGGUCCGGGCUGACAGCGCUGUGGGUGCUGCUGGUGUGCGUGGGCUACGUGCUGUUCCUGGUCUUCGUGUUCCGGCCGCUGUUCCUGCGCUUCCUGGCCCACACUGGCAGCCUGCAGAAGGGGCCCAGCCAGUCGGUCGUGGCGCUGACGCUGCUGAUCGCGCUGGCCUCGGCCUUCUUCACCCAGGUCAUCGGCGUGCACGCCAUCUUCGGCGGGUUCCUGAUCGGCCUGCUGUGUCCGCACGAGGGCGGCUUCGCCAUCAAGCUGACCGAAAAGAUCGAGGACUUGGUCGCUGCCCUCUUCCUGCCGCUGUACUUCACCCUGAGCGGGCUGCAGACCAACUUGGGGCUGUUGGAUAACGGCACCGUGUGGGGGUACGUCAUCGCCAUCAUCGCCAUCGCCUUCAUCGCCAAAGUCACCGGCGGCGCGCUGGCCUCGCGACUGAACGGGCUACUGUGGCGCGAGAGUUUCUCGAUCGGCGUGCUGAUGAGCUGCAAGGGCCUGGUCGAGCUGAUCGUCUUGAACAUCGGCCUACAAGCCAAAAUCCUCAGCACGCGCACCUUCACCAUGUUCGUAGUCAUGGCACUCGUAACGACGUUCGCGACCACCCCCCUAACCGUAGCCCUAUACCCCAAAUGGUACCAAAUCAAAGUCGACCGGUGGCGACGCGGCGAGAUCGACUGGGCGACAGGCCAACCGCUACCACCAGACAGCCGCACCGACAGCAUCACAGCCGCGAAGGCGUCACACCACGCACAUCACCACGAGCACCCGUACAGCGGACACCCCGUGCGCAACCUGCUCGUCUACCUCCGCCUCGACGGACUAUCGGGCCUAUGCACACUAGCAGGGCUCCUCGCACCCAACACCACAAGCACAACCACGCACCCACGCACCCACCCCGACAAACUCACGCCGACCACCGCACCAACCGACAACGAAACAGCCACAAAAGACGCAGACGAAUCCGCGACGGCGAACACGGAAAUCGAGGAACUAGACGCCGCCCACCCGACGCUACAAGUACACGGCGUACGCCUCCUAGAGCUGACAGACCGCGACUCCAGCGUGAUGAAGGUAUCGGAGAUCGAGCAGUACACGCUGAUGGACCCGGUGGUGAACACCUUCCGGGCGUUCGGCCAGUGGCACGAUCUGGCGCUCGUGGCGGGCGUCUCGGUCGUGCCGGAGCACUCGUUCGCGGAUACCGUUGUCGGGUUGGCGCGCGAAGAGGCUGCUGAUCUUGUGCUGUUGCCGUGGAGCGAGACGGGCCUUAUGACUGAGCAGUAUCAUCUGCCCUACUCGCCUCUUCAGGAGGGGGCGCGGUUCGGCGAUGGGUUGCCGUAUGCUGCGUUUGUGGGGGCCGUGUUGGAUGGGGCUGCUAAUGUCGGGGUUUUGGUCGAGAGGAAUCCGUAUACGUUCAGUCAGGGCAAUGCAGGGAAGGCGGGCGUAAGGCAUCGCCCGUCGUUGGGCGCGAUGAGCGUGCAAAGGAGCUCGUCGGUGUGGGGUGGCGGUGGGGCGGGCGGCCAAGGCGCGGCCAAGGCGCAUCAUAUUGUUGUGCCGUUCCUCGGGGGCAGGGAUGAUCGCUUGGCUGUUCGGUUUGUGUGCCAGGUUGCGAGGUGCGAGUUGGUGACUGUGUCGGUGGUGCAUCUUGAAGUCGCGACUGCAGCUGGGAAGAAGAAGGGCAAGGCUGGCGUGAGUUCGGGGGAGAAUGGAGGUGGCGUGCUGCGCCCCGGGGAGAUUGAGUCGGAUGCUGUCUUCCUAUCUAUGAUGAAGGAGUCGCUGGACGAGGAGGUGCUGGAUCGCGUGAUCUUCAAGAAGACGAGCGUCAAGACGGAGGACGAGGCUGUCGCCUCCAUUGUCGAGCAGGUCAAGGAGGAGAUGAUCCGGUCGCAUCACAAGGCUGGCAACCUGGUCGUCGUCGGCCGGAGACAUCCGACUCUGGACCAGAGUGUCUCGCCCAGCCCGGACAGCGCACAGGUGGAGGUCGGCUCCGAGGCCGCUCGUGUGCUCGGCGUCCUGGGCCAGGCGCUGGUCAAGAAGGAGAACCGCAUCGUGGGCAACGUGCUGGUGAUGCAGAGUAAAUGAGCUACAUGCAACGGAACAUACACGAUAUAGAUACCCC